GGAAGCAGCAGUCUGUCAGCAUGGCUCAAGAGUUUGUAAACAGCAAAAUCCAGCCAGGGAAGGUGGUGGUGUUCAUCAAACCCACCUGCCCUUACUGCAAAAAGACCCAAGAGAUCCUGGGCCAAUUGCCCUUCAAAGAAGGGUUUUUGGAAUUUGUCGAUAUCACAGCCACCGGUGACACAAAUGAGAUUCAAGAUUAUUUGCAACAGCUCACUGGAGCCAGAACGGUGCCCCGGGUCUUUCUGGGUAAAGAUUGUAUAGGUGGAUGCAGUGAUCUAGUAGCUAUGCAACAGAAUGGGGAACUCUUGAAGCGGCUAAAAGAAAUUGGAGCUCUACAAUAAUUACAGCAGUUCCCAAGCUGAAGUCCCCCUGAGAGAUGGAUGGCAUCGCAAAUGAUGACAGCACAUCAGUGAAUGAACCGGGGCUCUAUUUACCCAGCUACAGCAACUGUUGACUGCCAAUUCUGAAAUAAUAUUAAUGAUAAAAAGGGAAGGGUUGGGGGAAAAAAUCAAUCUUUUUCUUCUUUUGAUUCAGUAUUAAAAGUAGACCAACUUGCCCCAAGUUAUAGGUCAGAGAAGGUUGAUAUAUAGCUUAGAAUUCUUCUAGAUUGAUCCUUUGGGUUCCAUGGCUUAGGAUUCAUGCAAUGACCCCAGAGAGGGUCUUUCUGUUUGGCAAUGGGUAUGUUGAGUGAUUUUAAUCAUGGGGUCCUCAGACCUACCCCAUUCUAUCUUAAGAAUCAGUGCUCUGAGCUAGUGUUACAGACCUUGAUAAUUCAGAUCUUAUAGGAGCUGCUCAACAAUUCUGGGAAGGGCCUCAGGACUCAACUGAGAAGCUCCAGAUGGAAAUUUAAGCUCAGUUGUUUUCAGUGGGUGCCUCAGGAUCAGAGGUUCAAGUGCAGU